AUGGCAGCCCGACAAGAGAAAAAACAUUCUGAAGAAAGAAACCGCAAAAGCACCCAAAAUAAUACUCGGACAUCUCAAGGCCAGUGGGGAAGAGCAUGGGAGGUGGACUGGUUUUCCUUGGCAAGCAUCCUUUUCCUGCUCAUGUUUGCACCCCUUAUCGUAUAUUACUUCAUAAUGUCCUGUGACCAGUACCAGUGCUCUCUGAUUGAUCCAGUCACUGACUUGCUCACGGGGAAUAAACAUCUGUCUGACAUCUGGAACAAGACUCCUACACUGUCCUAUAGGGCUGCUGGCAUCUAUAUCCUCUGGGUCACGUUCCAGGUGAUUUUGUAUAUGUUCAUUCCUGACUUCUGCCAUAAAUUUAUUCCUGGAUAUGUAGGAGGUGUCCAAGAAGGUGCUGUCACCCCUGCUGGUGUAGUGAAUAAGUAUGAAAUCAAUGGACUUCAGGCUUGGAUCAUUACCCAUGUGCUUUGGUUUGCAAAUGCCUAUUAUUUCCACUGGUUCUCACCCACCAUCAUUUUUGACAACUGGAUUCCUCUGCUGUGGUGUGCCAAUAUCCUGGGAUAUGCAGUUUCCACAUUUGCAAUGAUCAAAAGCUACUAUUUCCCUACCAAUGCCAAAGACUGCAAAUUCACUGGCAACUUCUUUUAUGACUACAUGAUGGGGAUUGAAUUUAACCCUCGGAUAGGAAAGUGGUUUGAUUUCAAGCUGUUCUUCAAUGGGCGCCCUGGUAUUGUAGCCUGGACUCUAAUUAACCUUUCCUACGCUGCUAAACAACAGGAGCUGUAUGGUCAAGUAACCAACUCCAUGAUCCUUGUCAACGUCCUUCAGGGUAUUUAUGUUUUGGACUUCUUUUGGAAUGAAGCCUGGUAUUUGAAAACCAUUGAUAUCUGCCAUGAUCAUUUUGGAUGGUAUUUGGGCUGGGGAGACUGUGUUUGGUUGCCUUACCUCUAUACUUUGCAGGGUUUGUAUUUGGUUUACCACCCUGUCCAGCUGGGCACAGCUAAUGCCAUAGGGAUCUUGAUGCUGGGCUUGAUCGGCUAUUACAUCUUCAGAGUAACCAACCACCAGAAGGACCUCUUCCGUCGUACAAAUGGCAACUGCAAGAUAUGGGGGAAGAAACCAGAGUAUAUUGAGUGCUCCUACAUGUCUGUGGACGGGACCAAGUACUACAGCAAACUGAUGACCUCAGGAUUCUGGGGGUGGGCUCGUCAUUUUAACUACACCGGAGAUUUGAUGGGCUCCCUGGCCUAUUGCCUGGCUUGUGGGUUUGAACACAUCUUGCCUUACUUCUACAUUGUUUAUAUGACUAUUUUGCUAAUUCAUCGUUGCAUUAGGGAUGAACACCGUUGUUUCAGCAAAUAUGGGAAGGACUGGAAGCGCUACACUGCUGCAGUGCCUUACCGGCUCAUACCAGGAAUAUUUUAAGGCCAACACAGAAUCCAGGGGAUUUAUCCAGGGGAAAGAAAAAUUAAACUUUCUUUGGAGGUGAAGAGAGUGUAUCCACGUAGUUAAACAAACAAAAACA